AUGUGCAGGCUUAAAAAUUGGCAUAGUAUCUUUGCGUUUGGGGCGUGGAGCUCAUGGCAGGCUCGAAACGAGAGGAUUUUUUGUGGUCGGAGUCUCGGUAGCGAGCCUCGCUACUUAGAUGUGCUCCGUCGUGUAGAAGUAUACGAGAAGGCGGCAACGACUUAUGUGAAGGGAGGGGGGUCUAGUGGGGUGAAUCGCACGAUCUGGGUUGGCGACCUCUGUGGCUGGAUGGAUGAGGAUUAUCUCCGUAAUUGCUUUGCUUCGACUGGAGAGGUUUACUCCAUAAAGGUGAUCCGCAACAAGCAGACGGGUAUUCCUGAAGGGUAUGGGUUUGUGGAGUUCUUGUCCCACUCGGCAGCCGAGAAGGUCCUCCAGACCUACUCUGGCCUGGCCAUGCCCAACACAGAUCAGCUCUUCCGCCUCAACUGGGCUGCCUUCAGCGCGGGCGACAAGCGCUCGAACAACACCACCAACACCACCAACAGCUCAGAUCUGUCCAUCUUUGUGGGCGACCUGGCUGUCGAAGUCACGGAUGCUCUCCUCCAUGAGACCUUUGCUAGCAAGUACCCGUCUGUCAAGGCUGCCAAGGUUGUGAUUGACGCCAGUACGGGCCGCUCCAAGGGUUAUGGUUUUGUGAGGUUUGGAGAUGACACUGAGAGGACACAGGCUAUGACCGAGAUGAAUGGUGUUUAUUGUGUGUCAAGGAAGAUGCGCAUUGGGGCUGCCACACCCAGGAAGUCAUUUGGCAACCAACAGCACUACUCGCCACAAGGUGGAUACUCAAAUGGUUUCUCGGCCCAGGGUUCUCAGUCUGAUGGAGAUUCUGUGAAUGCAACAAUUUUUGUUGGGGGACUUGACCCUAACGUUACUGAUGAGGAUCUGAGGCAGCCAUUUUCGCAGUAUGGCGAAAUAGUGUCGGUCAAAAUACCAGCUGGAAAAGGAUGUGGUUUCGUUCAAUUUGCAAACAGGAUUGAUGCCGAAGAGGCCUUGCAGCAGUUAAGUGGUACAACAAUAGGGAAGCAAACUGUCCGUCUAUCUUGGGGACGUAACCCGGCUAACAAACAGGCAAAUAUUAUUUUCCCCAUUAUCUUAAUUUCUUGGAGAUCUCAUUUUGGACACCCAUGGACUGGCGCCUUCUAUGGCCUGCCUUUCUUUGACAGCUAUGGAUACAAUGUGCCGCCUCCCCAUGACCCAAGCGUGUAUACAAAGGCAUACGGCCCAUACCCUAUAUACGGGACACACCAACAGCAAGUAAGCUGA